AUGAGUUUGCGAGUUUCAGGUACAUUUCGACUGGAUUUCGGAGGUGGAGUUCACGACAGCACGUGUCCGAAUUGUUCUGCUGUGGCGCUGGCUGCUGCCGCAAUCGGGCCGCGACCAACAGGAGUUGAACACUUUCCAAAUUUACCUCCUGGCCUAAUGCCACCCCCGGCGAUGAUGCCGUUAGUACCCGGAAUGCCCAUGCUCGCGCGGCACUUCUCGCCAUACGUCUUUCGCCAGACACCCCCUCCUACAUCACAACCGCAUCCACACUUAUGA